AUGUCUGAAAAAACAAUUUUAUAUGUGAAAGGGGAAACAAAAGAUUUUGAUACUGAACACAAGAACAUCCGAGUAAAGAUUGAAGUGUUAAAUGAAGAUAUCGCGAGGGUUUUUCUUGUAGAUAAAAAUGAUAUUCCAAUUGACGAUUUGAAAAAUGUAGUUUUUAUGAAUGUAGCGACUAAAAAUGAAAUUACAACUGUGCUCGUUGAGAAUAGAAAAAGUUAUCUCAUAACUUGGAUAAAUAGCUACGAGUUAUCUGUCGAUGGUAAGAGAAUUUUUAAGUUAAAACAACGGAAAGAGCAAAGUAGUGAGUUUAUAUCAUUGGCUAAAUAUUUAAAAUAUGUUAAUAUGUCUCGUAAAUCUAGAAACAACCGACGUAAAACUCAAGGUAAAUUCACUACAAAUCCUACGCAAUAUUUACAAUUUCAAAACCAGGAUAAAUAUGAUCACAUUAUUCAUGAAGGCCAUAUAACUAUCAUAAAUAAGAAGACACAAGAUGUAAAGGAGGUAUUUGAUUAUGAAGAGUUUUUUGAAACAAGAAAUGAGAAAAAGUAUACUUUACUUGACCUGUACGUUAAAAAAUAA